GAGUCACUGACAUGUUUGGUAACAGCUUUUGUUGGGAGGACACAGCUGAAGCUCAUUUCUUGAUUGGAGGGAUGGACUUAAAAGUGGCACCAGGAUGCACCAAACCAAGAGUGGAGAAUACUGAUCAACUUGAUAUUAUGGGUGUUGGUGGAGGAGGAGGAGGUGGCUUAUGCCUAAUUUUUCAGUUAAAUAUGAUUCCAAUGUUACAGUCUGACACUACAAUAUUAGCAUAGAGUAUCUGAUUUGACCAGAAACUGAAUAAACAAGAGUGGUCUUUGACUGUUGCACAUUUCUGAAUGUCCUCAUGAUGACAUUUGAUGAAGUUAGUCAGGGGAGUCUCAGACAUUGCUAAUGGGAGAUGGCUGACGAAACCAGACAUGUGAUGAGAAAAAUACCAACUUCAUGUGACCCAUGGCUAAGGAGCGGCUCGGUGAAGACAAACAUCCAUUUGUGUUGUUUUCUUCAGUCAGUUCUGAACCACCGAGGAGAGUCCACCAGUCAGCCUGUCUAGAUCAUCUCCCCCCUGGAUGACGCCACAGUGGUCAAGAUGCAUACUAUUAAAACAGUGGAGACCCAAGUGCCCUUUCUGAAAGAGAGUUUCUUCACCACUACUUUCAAAGGCAGGAGGAAGAGUAGCGUUACCAACCUCCUUCGUAAACAACAGCACUCACACCCUAAUCAGCAACACCAUCAACAACAGUGUAUUUUAGAGCAUCAGCAGCAGCAUCCAAAGCAAUUUUUUUCCCCUUCAGUUGAAAACGGACAAGCGCAGCGCACUCCAGAGCAUCAGCGCCUUGCUCGCUCAACCAGCAGCCCGUUAUGCAAGGCAGAUGAGCAUACAGGAGCAGAUGGGGAUAGAAAGGAGGGGCAAACGGAGAGGAAGGAUCAGAGAGUGAGAGAGGUUGUGCAGGGGAGGGGGGCAGAGCGAGGAGUGAGUGGUAGUGAGCCCGCGGCUGUCAGUGCCAGUCUCCUCCUCCUUUCAUCAUCAGCAUCAUCAGCACUGGGGAAGGCAGCAUCAUCCUCACAGCUGCCUUUAUCUGUGGUGGGUAAACAGCAGGGAUCAGGCAGCUCUGAAAGAACUCUGACCAACAGUGGACCAGUAUCAGCCCAGGAGGAAGCCCAUCAUGCCCAGCCUCGAUCCCAUCAGCAUGGCCUGUUAGCCAGGGGUGUCCGCCUGUUCAAGAACAUGGGAAAUCAGGAGGCAAAGCAGAAGAAAGGAGGAGGAGGAGGAGGAGGUGGUGAAGCAGGAAGGGAUGUCUCCUGUGAUGAUGAUGCUGAUGAGAGGGAAGUGGAUAAAAAAUCUAAGAAGUCCAACAAGACCAGCAAAGGAGGGGAACAUAAGAAGAAAUCGAAGUCAGAAUCGAAGGGUUCUGUGUUUUCUGGCAUGAAGAUCAGGAAGAGUUUAUCCAAGUCCAAAGGGUUGUCUAAGGAUGACACGUUGGAAGAUGGAAGGUCAACACAUUUUGGCAAGGCAGGGCUCAAGCCCGGCGCAGAAGCAAGCCUGUCUGCUGAUGAGAUGGGCAUGCUAUUAGAUGCUGACGGGGAUCUAGGCUGUUUGACCACAGACAGUCACCAAUCCAUUGCGGAUGAGCUUGGCCGGAAGACGAGCUCUGGGUCGGAUGCUGACCUCUACAGUUUUCACUCAGCAGCAGCUGAAAAUGAAGAUCUGCUCUCUGACAUCCAGCAGGCCAUAAGAGACCAAUGUGUGGCCAGUGACAGGGUCUUAGAAAUGGUGUCUGGCCAUUUAUCAGAACGGUUGAUCUUUGAGGGGAGCAGAGCCCCUGAGAACGUAGCAUCUCAUCAGCUACUUAAUUUGGGUAAGGAAAUUUUCUCUGCCCCUGUUGAUAGUGAAUAUGUAGCUCAAGAACUGAGCACAAAGUAUAAGAAUUUCGAGAACGAAAGCCGUGUCAUACCCAUAUCAAGAAAUUCAUCUGGUCCUGGGUCCCCGAGUGAGAGUGGUCCACCAUCUUCAGCCCCAGACACAGAGAGAAGCAGUGGCAGCCUUUUCCCAAAGACCAACAGUACGUAUAGCUUCCCUGACACUACAGCCACCACCACCUCCUAUGAGAGUGCUGAGGAUGACCUGGACAGCCCGUUUCUGCACCCACAGCUUAGUCAAGGUAAUCUGGCUGCACAGGGCAAAAUUACGUGUGUGCCAUGUGUCCGCUUGGACGCCACCGGGGCAGGUGCAGGGCCAAUGGGAGCUCACAAGAGUGUGAGCAGCAUGGACCUGUCUAUGGAGAGGGAGGAGGUUGAGGAAACUAGGAGAUGGGACUUCCUGUCCCUGAAAAGGAGGAAGAGCAGUCUGUCUAUUAGCCAGCUAACAUCAGACAGCCCGUCUGUUUCUCAGCCUAGACAAACAUCCUCUACCUCCCCCUCUACUGUCAAACUCUACCCUCCAGUCCACCCCUCCUAUGUUAAGACCACCACCAGGCAGCUCACCUCUCCAAUUGGAUCCCCCAUUACCAGCCCCAAUGUGCCAAGGAAAACGGAUGCCAUUGCUGCUUCAGUGGGAUCAAGUGGGGCCCAGGGGUUUAGGAGACGCAAGCAGAGGUCCUGCUCCAUUGCUGGGCCCCUCAGUGCGUCUGCAGACUGGUCCACAGAGCUGGAUGAGCUGAGAGGAAGGCAGGAAAGGGGGGGCAAAUUUCCAGAGCAGGAGACACCAGAGAAGGGUCACACAGAAGGGACUUACUGGACACUGGGCUCCAGGAGAGCACAUUUAGGACGGCGGACCUCCAGUACUACAGCACCCUACCUGGAUGUCUUCUCUGGUCGCACUCUGUUGGACAAGCUGUGUAUGCAUCAUGGAGAUGGGUCUACAGAAGAGGAGGCGAAGGAAUUGUGUCACCGAAUGUUGGUCCAGGGUCUGCUGCACCCCUUCAGCGACAGCACUGGAAAGCUCCAUGGUGACAGCACUGUCUCAGUCUUUAAUGAGGAGCAGCUGUACACCUGGACAUCUGUUGGCUUGCCAGUGUCUUCCCACCUGUGGGAAGUCUAUGCGGUGCGAACUACAGGCAGAGUACAAAGCUUGAGAUCUCCUUUGCAUCAAUCAGCCAAGACAGCAGGAGUGCUACACUCUCCGACAGAAACCAGCAGGUUGAAGUCAGGACAGUCGUCCUCAGAGGAUGAAAGCUGUCUCAUCCCUCAGCUGGAGAGGACCAUCGAUGACCUGCGGAUUAAGAUUGCUGUGUUGCAGAGCCAGCAGGCCUCUUUGGCAAAGGGCAGCGGGGAUAAUAUGGGAGCUCUGGGUGCUGCCCAGCAAAAGGCCUCACAGAUGAGAGGAGGAAGAUUGGGAAAGAUGAGCCAGGAGGUGUCUGUCCAGACCUCGCCUGUGGAGGAGGGGUUUAAGUUUGACGUGCCUUUCAACAGAGGAUCAGACAGCGUGUCGUCCUCUGUGUCAUCCAAAUCUACAGAGCACUUUGUCUGCGUAUGCCAGCAGAAGCAGCAGACCAGCACCCAUCCAGCUCCCCCGCCCCCACCUCCACCACCACCAGCACCACCUUUACCAGGAGGUGCCGCUCCUCCUCCACCACCACCUCCCCCGCCCUUACCUGGGGUUGGACCUUGUCCACCACCUCCUCCUCCCCCUCCUCCCCCACCUGGUUUUGGACCUCCACCCCCACCUCCUCCACCGCCGGGCAUGGGCCCUCCUCCCCCACCCCCGCCACCCGGAAUGGGCCCCCCUCCUCCACCGCCACCCCCAGGGUUUGGGCCUCCACCACCGCCAGGCCUCAUGCCCUCCAUGAUGGCCCAGGAAGCUGCCCCUGCCAAGGCUGUGAUAGAGCCCCCCAAGCCAAUGAAGCCACUCUACUGGACACGCAUACAGCUGCAUGCUAAAAAACAAAGUGACUCACUGGUGUGGGAGAAAAUCGAUGAACCAAGUGUGAACUUUGAAGAAUUCGUGGAACUCUUCUCCAAAAGUGCUGUUAAGGAAAAGAAAAAGCCAAUUUCAGACACAAUCAGCAAGUCCAAGGCCAAGCAGGUGGUGAAGCUUUUGAGCAACAAGCGUUCGCAGGCUGUGGGUAUUCUGAUGUCCAGCAUUCAUCUUGAUAUGAAGGACAUCCAGAAUGCCGUCCUAAAUAUGGACAACACUGUCGUUGAUCUGGAAACUCUGCAAGCCCUUUAUGAAAAUAGAGCUCAAAAUGAUGAGAUGGGGAGCAUCAAAAAUCACAUUAAAUCAGCCAAAGACAAGGAGGAUGCCAAACCACUGGACAAGCCUGAACAGUUUCUAUUCCAGUUAUCCCAAAUCCCCAACUUCUCAGAACGGGUGUUCUGCAUCCUGUUUCAGUCGACUUUCCAUGAAUGUAUCACCUCAAUCCUCCGCAAAAUAGAAAUCCUUCAGAGAGUAUGCAAGGCUCUCCAGAGCGGUACAUGUGUAUUGCAGGUUUUGGGCCUGGUGCUUGCUUUUGGCAACUUCAUGAAUGGAGGCAAUCGUUCUAGAGGGCAGGCCGACGGCUUCACCUUGGACAUUCUGCCAAAACUGAAGGACGUUAAGAGCAGUGAUAACUCCCAGAGUCUUUUGUCCUACAUUGUUGCUUACUAUCUAAGGCACUUUGAUGAGGAUGCUGGCAGAGAGACAUGUGUCUACCCUCUGCCCGAGCCCCAGGACCUCUUCCAAGCCUCCCAGAUGAAGUUUGAAGAUUUUCAAAGAGACCUCCGCAAGCUGAGGAAAGACCUCAAUGCAUGCUCAGCCGAGACAGAGAAAGUAUGCAAGCUGUCCUCCGAAGAGAACCUGCAGCCCUUUAAGGACAAGAUGGAUGAAUUUCUCAGCCAAGCCAAAACUGAACUGGAAACACAGGAGAAGCAGCUGGCAGAUACUCAGAAGAUCUUCUUGGAGUUGAGCGUGUCCUUCUCGGUUAAACCCAAGGCAGGAGAGAAAGAGGUUUCUCCCAACACUUUCUUCUCCGUUUGGCACGAGUUUUCCACAGAUUUCAAAGAUCAGUGGAAGAAGCAGAAUAAGCUGAUGUUACAGGAACGGGUCAAAAUGGCCGAGGAGUGCUUCAAACAAGCUAGAGAGAAAGCUACCUACAAUGUCAAACCCAAACAUGCAACUGGAAUAAAGGCAAAGCUGGGUCAGAAGAUCUGAAGCAGAGAAUGGAAAAUUAUCAUCACCAAGCCUAUUGCACAAGCACUGUUUGUACAAUAUGACAUGACUCAUCAGUCAUUUUUACAACAUUUAUUUGCUUCCAGUAUUUGUUUUCAGUUGAUUUACAAUUAUUGUUUAUUGCGAGUUGGUCCAAACUGGAUAUUAUAUUGUUUAAAAGUGGAAUGAAAAACGGCAUUCACAGCCACCCCUUGAUAGCACUCCAAUAAUUAAAUGAAAUAUUGCUACCAAAAGACAUCUUUAAGCUGAGAUGAUUUAAAUGUAGUCGAGUCAUUUGCCAGAAAAUGCCAGAAAAUGCUCACUGCAGAAAUUUGUAGCGACAUUAUAUCCUUGCUUUCGUCGUAUUUUAUAAGCCAUAUGUAACCUAUUUUCUUUUUUUUAGUGCAGAUCCCAAGUCUAGUUUACUAGGAGGGCAUGAACAUUUCCUCUUUGUAUGUCCUUUCCUCAAUAAAGAAAAGCACAGACUUUUAUAACAUUUAUAAUCCGGUAGGUAUAGAUCACCUGUCAGACAUAAAGUGCCUUAUCGCACAGUGGAGUGGUCAAAUCAGUGCUGUAGACCAGAGACAUAUCAUCUGUAAUUAAAUGUUAUAUGUAAGAAGAGAAACCUGUUUUACAUCAGCUGAAACAUGACAAGUUUACUUUCAUAUAGUGUGUUUCAGAUCAUAGUAAUGAUUAUAUCUAUGUUUUAAAUACAGCACCUCCUCUGUUGUGUUUAAUUAUGCCUUUUCUUCCAAAAAGUUCAUGUAUACCCAAGUGGUGUGAUCUGAUAGAGACCUGCUAUUGUUUUAUUCAGCAGUAUUAUCAACUUGCUUUAUGUUUUAAGCAAAACCCUAUGCACUUAGUAUUGCCUUUCCUACUUUGUGAGAGUAUGUAAACAUCCAUAUGUUAAUGCAGCAAUAGGAUCAUGUGAUGUGACGUUUAUGUGCAAUAUCAACAAUAUGUUUUUGAUUGAAUACCUUUUGACCAUGAAAAAAUAUAUUUAUUGAAUAAAAGAAAUUACAUAAAUUUUUAA